UUGUUGUUUUUUUUCCUUUCUCAACUUUGUGGUGCCCCCUUUGGGCCUCAGGCCCUAAGCAUGUGCUUAGUCUGCUUAAUAUUUAAUACAUCACUGCUUCCACUGGUUAAUUGUUCUCACUAUUAGGAAAUUUCUCCUUAGUUCUAGGUUCCUUCAUUCCUUCCUCAGAUGUGGGAGGGGAGACUUGGGGAGACCUCUUUCAGCAGUGCCAAUAGGGGGGCAAGAAGAGAGGUCUGUAGUUGUUGGAGAAAAAUCUUCAGGGGCCAUUUGCAAUUUACAGGUUUUCUCUCCCUUCUUACGUUGGGGUCCAUUUUGGCUACUUAAGCAAGACUCUUCUUCAGUUUCCCAACAUUUCAUGACUUGGUCUACCAGUUUAGUGUAGUGGUAACAUGCUGGCCUAGAACCAGGAAACUGUGAGUUCUAGUCCUGCCUUCAAAACAAAUUGGGUGAUUUUGAGCCAGUAAGUUACUCUUUUCUCUCAACCCAAUCUACCUCACAGGGUUGUGGGGAAAAUAGGAAGCAGAAAGAGUGUUAGGUAUUUUUGCUGCCUUGAGUUAUUUAUAAAUAAAGGCUUUGCAAAGACAGAUCAAGCACAUUGAUACGUUCAAGCAAUUACUCCAUGGGCAAGAUACACAGGAAGCAGUGUAUUUAUAGCCAAGCUUCAAGAAUAUACAAAAUUAUUAAUGUGAUUGGUUACAGAUUAAUUAUAAAAAGACUAUGUUUUAAAAUAGACCCAAGUUGCUGUGCUUAUACCUCCUAAGCUCUGACCAACUUUAUCUUGAAGUGUGAACAGAAUAUUGAAAGUAUUCUUUUUUUUGUAAAAAGUUUUAUUUUAAUUAAAAAUAAAAAAACAACAUAAAAAUAUCAUCCUUAAAAACAAUUACAGACAGCAUCUCAAUCGGUUAAAAUCAUUUUGUGCUUACAAUUUUCCAAAUCUCAUCCUACAACAAUUAUUCUUUACUCGAACAGAAAAUAGGUAUUUAAACAUUUCAUCGAAAUUUCUUUUCAUAUAUACUAUCUCAUCUCCAUACUUUAUUGUCAAACCAUUGAUAAAAUAUCUCCCAUAUCAAAUAAUAUUGUUUAUCUUUUUUUUUUAACUUCUAUACUGCCCUUCUCCCAAAGGACUCGGCAGUGUACAGCCAUAUUAAAACACAUAUAAACCACAAAAUUUAAGAACAAUUUAAAAAACAAAUAUAUAAAAUUUGGCCCACAAAAUUAAAAACUAACAAACACCCAAUUUAAAAUUCCUAUUAGGCCAGCCCGGCUUGUUGGAAUAAAAGAGUCUUCAGGGUGCAGCGAAAGGUACGCAGGUCGGGGAUCAUACGAACCUCUAGGGGCAGCUCAUUCCAGAGGGCUGGUGCCCCCACAGAGAAGGCUCUCCCCCUGGAUGUCACCAGUCGACAUUGUUUGGCCGACGGCACCCUGAGGAGCCCCUCUCUAUGGGAGCGUAUUGGCCGGUGGGAGGCUAUCGGCGGCAGAAGGCAAUUUCGUAUAUACCCCGGUCCUAAGCCAUGGAGCACUUUAAAGGUGGUAAGCAACACCUUGAAUCACACCCGGAAGACCACCGGGAGCCAGUGCAGCUUGCGCAGGGGAGGUGUUACAUGGAUGUGCCAUGUCGUCCCCAUAAUCACCCGCGCGGCCUCAUUCUGGACCAGUUGGAGCUUCCGAGUGCUCUUCAAGGGGAGCCCCAUGUAGAGAGUGUUACAGUAGUCCAGACGGGACGUGAUGAGGGCAUGAGUGACCGUGCGCAGGGCAUCCCGGUCCAGAAAGGGACGCAACUGGCGUAUCAGGCGAACCUGAUAAAAAAGCUCCCCUGGCCACGGCCAUCAUAUGAUCUUCCAAAGACAGCCGUGCAUCCAGGAGAAUACCCAAGUUGCGAGCCCGCUCUGAGGAGGCCAAGAUCUCGCCCCCAAUAGUCAGCGAUGGAACCCGCUGACUAUACUGGGACGCCAGGAGCCACAGCCACUCGGUCUUGGAAGGGUUGAGUCUGAGCUUGUUUCUCCCCAUCCUGUUCUCUUAUUUCAAAUGUCAAUCUACUCAUUUCAGCACAGUCCAACAUUUUCUUAAUAAUUUCUUCAUCGGUGAUUAUCUUCUCUCCUUUCCAAUUUUUUGCAAAUACAAUUCUAGCUGCUAUUAAAAUGUUCACAAUUAAAUAUUGUAGUUCUUUAUUAAAUGUCUCUGGUAAGAUCCCUAAUAAAAAUAUCUCUGGUUUAAAGUCAAUAUGUCUCUGUUAUUUUUUCCAACCAUAUGUGUAUCUUAGUCCAAAAUCUCCUUGCUUCCACGCAUGUCCACCACAUAUGGUAAUAAGAUCCUGGAGUCUGAUGACACUUCCAACAUUUCUCCGAUUUGUUCUUGAACAUUCUGGCUAUCCUCAUCGGGGGUAGAUGCCACCUGUAAAACAUCUUAUACAAAUUCUCUUUAUAUGCUGUAGACAUUGUCAUUUUAUAAUUAUGUGACCACAAUUUUUGCCAUUUCUCUAAAUCAAUACCAUAACCAAAAUUUUCCCCCAUGCUAUCAUUGAUUCUUUAACUUGUUCUUCUUCCAAUUUUACUUCAAGCAAAUAUCCAUAUAACUUUUUAAUUACAUGGUCAUCAAAACCCAUUAAUAUCUUAUCUAAACUAGUCAAAGCACUAUAAAAACCUUCUUGUUUGAGAUCUUCUCGAUAUCUGGAAAGUAUUUGCAUAUAUGAAAACCAAUUCAUCUUAAACCCCUGAUCUUCUAAAUCUUGUUUCAGUUUAAGUUCACCCUUUUCAUCCAAUAAUUCACUACAUCUAACAAUUUGUUUCCCCUUAAAUACCACUAGAUAAGAGAAAGCUUCAAUUGUAGAUACCCAGACUGGAAUCUUCAAAUAAUGGUAUUUUUUAAUCCUCUCCCAUGUCAAAAACAAAGCUUCAUGUAUCUGAUGUCUUCUAAAUAAUCCUGAAUUUUGGUACCUUUAUACCAUAAGAAAACAUGCCACCCCAUCAACAAAUCAUGCCCCUCCAAAUUCAAUAAUCUAAUGUUUUUCAAUGUUACCCAUUCUUUAAUUCACAUUAAACAAACCGCUUGGUAAUAUAAUUCAAAAUUCGGUAAACCAAAACCACCCCUCAUCUUAGCAUCUUGUAACAACUUAAGUUUUAUUCUUGCCUUCUUUCCCUGCCAAAUGUAUUUCAUUUUAUUUAAAUCUGCAAAGAAUUCCUUACCCAGCUUUAUUGGAAUCGUCUGAAAAAGGUAUAAAAUUCUAGGUAAAAUAUUCAUCUUAAUGGUUGCAAUUCUACCAAUCAAAGAUAACUGCAAAUUUCCCCAUUUCACCAAGUCUUGUCCUCUCUGUUGCUUAAGGUUAUUAUAAUUAUUUUCUUUAAGAGAACUACAUCUUGUUGUCAAUUGAAUCCCCAAAUAUUUUACCUUAUUUGUGACCUGCGUCUUUGAAAUCUCCAUUAGUUCUUCUUUUUGUUUUUUUUAAUAUAUUUUUAGUCAUUAUCUUCGUCUUUUCUUUAUUAAUUUUCAGACCAGCAACUUCCCCAAAUUCUCCUAUUUUUUCUGUCAGUUUAUUUAUUGAUAUUAAUGGUUCUUCAAGAAUAAAGACCAGGUCAUCAGCAAAAGCUUGUAAUUUAUAUUCUUCUUUUCUAAUUUUCAUUCCUUUUAUCUCUUUUUCUUCACUGACAUUUCUAUUCAGCACUUCCAAAGUCAAUAUAAACAACAAUGGGGAUAAUGGGCAUCCUUGUUGAGUACCUUUUUCUAUUUCAAUAGAGUCAGUCAAUUCUCCAUUAAUCAUUACCUUUGCCAGAAUAUUGAAAGUAUUCUAAUGUGUCUAUUUGCUUCUAGUCUUGCUAAAUAUUUACAUAAAACCCUCAUUACUAGAGGAGUGGUUUAACUCCUUUUAUAUUUCCUCUUUAGCCAGGAAUCUGGAGUUCUGCCAAUCAGCCCAAACAAAACCUCUUACAGAUAGGGCUGGGGCCACUCUGACUUCUGAUACAUGAAUCAUCAUUUCCAGCACUUCCUGUUACUUCUGUUCAAUGAUUUCUUUUCAGGAUCUUGUUCGAGCCCAAAACACAUGGCUCUGCACUUUCCAUGUCAGAUUUUAAUUAUUUAACUACUUUUCUCUCUCUUUUCUUCCCAUGUGAAACUUUAAAGUCCAGAAGUUUCAUCAAUCUUGUUAUUGUUUGUGUAAAUCUUGCGGACAUUUUUUUUUAGUGAAAGCAGUGAGAACAAAGCACUGUUUCCUCAGCGGGAUAUCUAGCAACAGCGGCAGAAAGAAACUGUUUAGCACAGACAGCCAUCAUGUCCACAGAGGAAUUGACAAGAAGACUUAAAGAAGAACUGAUCUGCUCCAUUUGCUUGGACUGUUUCCAUGAUCCAGUCUCCAUACAUUGUGGGCACACCUUCUGCCAAGCUUGCAUUACCAAACACUGGGUUUUCAUUAACAAAAAAUAUUUCCACUGUCCUAAGUGUAGAGCAACCAGCCGGAAAAGAAUCCUAAAGCCCAACCGAGAGCUGGGAAACAUUGCCAGAAUUGUCCCAAAGCUGGACGAAACAAACCAACAAAAAGAAAAGACAAAAGAGGAGGUAUGCCAGACGCACCAGGAACCACUGAAGCUUUUCUGUAAAAAUGAUCAAAUGGCGAUCUGUGUGGUGUGUGACAAAUCGAAAGAGCACAAGGAGCAUACGGUGUUUCCUGUGGAGCAAGAAUUCCAGGACCAACUGAUAUUUUUGAAGACAAAAAGAGGAGAACUUGUUAAAUUUCAGGCAAUGAAUACUGCGAGGAACGAAGAAGCCCUGAAUACAAUCGGUGCUGGGAUUCAGAAAACGUCGUUGGCCUUUAAGCAGAUUUAUCAAUCCCUUGAGGAACAGAGGCAGCUGCUGCUGGCCCAGUGGCACUCACUCCAGACAGCAGUUAAGGAACAUAAUGCCACAAUUUCAGAGGAAAUUUUUUGCCUGGAUAGCCUUAUCACUAUGGCAGAAGAGAGAUGGCCAACAGUAGAGGUUGAGUUUUUACAGGAGAUGCAGACUGCAUCAAUGAGGUUAAAUCAAAAGAAGUUUCAAGGGUUAGAUGAUUUUCUUCCUGAAAUGGAAAAAUGGCUUGCUUCUCAAACAAGACACAAUGAGGUUGUCACACAUACUUUGUGGAAAUUCAAAGAUGAUCUAACACCUGUUAGGAAGAAGGAAGAUUCGAGCUCUCUUAUUGCAAAAAAGAGGAAAUCGGAAGACCAAACAGCCAGUGAUGCUUUUGAUUGUAGCCAGGAGAGCAGAAUGCAUUCCUCAUCAUCUCCGCAGCCUGAUAAAAGAGCACCAGUAGGAGAUAAUGUUCUAACACCUGUUAGGAAGAAGGAAGAUUUGAGCUCUCUUAUUGAAAAAAAGAGGAAAUCAGAAGACGAAAUAGCCAAUGAUGCUUUUGAUUAUAGCCCAGAGAGCAGAAUGCAUUCCUCAUCAUCUCAGCAGCCUGAUAAAAGAGCACCAGUAGGAGAUAGAAACGCUGCUCUUGGACCCAUCCACCGCCGUUUUCGACCUCCGGAGGGUUGCAGUUGGAGCUGGUUGGAGGCGGAGGCCCCUGCCCAGGUGUUGUUGCUCGUCCAGAGCAUGGGGGAUCUGGGGAGACCCUGCUCCGGGGGUCAGAACAGCCCUGAAAAACGAACCUCCGAGUCCAGGACGUCGGAAGGGCUGCAUCUGCAAGCAAUCGAAGGGUUGUGGGGAGAAGCCCUCUGUGAAAAACAUGGGGAGCCCCUCAAGGUUUUCUGCAGGGAGGACUGCGCCUUCAUCUGCUUGGUAUGCGACAAAUCCAAGAAGCACCGAGGCCACCUGGUACUUCCCGUCGAGGAGGCAGCUCAAGAUUACAGGAAAGAGAUCCAGAUCAAGCUACAGAAACUGAAGCUGGGGAGAACGGCUGCUGAAGGAUCAAAGCAGACUCAGGAGAAGCAAAUGGCUGUGUAUUUGGAAGACAUCAAAGCAGAGAGAAGAAAGGUUGUGCAGGCGUUCCAGGAACUCCGCUUGUUUCUAGAAGAGCAGGAAAGUGGCCUCUUGGCUCGGUUGAGUGACCUGGAGAAGCAACAAGAUGAAAGUAGCACCAGACUUUCAAACAACAUUUCUUUUCUCAGUGACCUAAUCUGUGAGCUAGAGAAGCACUGUCAGAGGCCUGCGGGUGAAUUUUUACAGGAUCUCAAGGAAACUUUAAGCAGGUGUGAAAAGGGUGAGCUUCUUUGCUUCCAAGAGAAACCUGUUAACCCGGAAAAAGAUCUCAGGGCCAUCUCUCAACAAAGUGGUCUAUUAAUGGAAAACUUCGAGAAAUUUAGAGAAUCACUGAUGGACGAAUUGCCGAAAAGCAAGAUCCAAAGGCUUAAUGCUGUCCUCCUGAGUCAGACUGAUCAGCCCGAUCAGCCCCAGACUCUCUGGCCAGGAUUGCAUAACGAUGGCCUGAGAGCAGACAAGAAAGUCUCCCCAGUCAGCGUGACCUUAGAUCCACAUACGGCCAAUCCCCAUCUCUUCCUCUCCUUGGAUCAGAAGACAGUCACGCACCUGGAUCAAGCACAGGCCUCGCUGGACAAUCCUGAGAGAUUUGAUGCCGAGUUCUUUGUGCUGGGCUGCGAAAGCUUCUGCUCUGGGAAGCACUCCUGGGUGGUGAACGUCGAGCAGGGGCAGAACUGGGCCAUUGGCAUCGCCCAGGAAUCUGUGAGGAGGAAGGGGAGCCUCAGCCUCAACCCACAGCAAGGCAUUUGGGCAGUACAGCAGUGCUGGGGCCAGAUGCAAGCCCUGACUUCUCGCUGGACUACCCUGUUUCUGCUCAGGAAGCCCAAAAGGAUCAGAGUACAUCUGGAUUACGAGGGAGGGUGGGUGGCCUUUUUCGACGCAGAGCUGGAUGCUCCCAUUUUUACUUUUCCACCUACCUCGUUCAAGCAAGAGAGGAUUCACCCUUGGUUCUGGGUGGCAUCUGGAUCUCAGCUCACUUUAUGGAGAGUGAGGAGGAGGAGGGCGCGAGCUCUUGGGGAGCAGGGAGGGGGGGCCUCGCAGGACCGGCAUAUCCCGGGCUUGGCCGAGCAGGCUGCGGGGGCCGAAGAGAAGCGAGCGGGUGUGUCGUCGCCUCCUCCCGAGUAUCUUUGCGGAGGGAACUUGCGGGCGGCGAGCAAGCAGGGAAGGGGGACUGGAAGCCCUGGUAGGGCCGAGGGAAACACUCGGCCUGUCGGCGUUUCUUCUAGUCGUUCGGGGCGUGGAGGCCUCAUGGCAGCAGCAGUAGCAGCUGCGGGGGGCUCCGGCGGCCCUCCGAACCCUGUGGCGACCCUCCACGAGGAAGCCGUCUGUGCCAUCUGCCUGGAUUACUUCAUAGACCCGGUGUCCAUUGGAUGCGGCCACAACUUUUGCCGCGUGUGCAUCACUCAGCUUUGGGGUUCGGGUGACGACGAAGAAGGCGACGAAGUGGCAGCCUCUGGCUCGGAGGGGGAGGCGGAUGAUGCGGGGGGGAUCGAUGACCUGGGGCCCGAGGAAGACGGGGAUUACGACGACAACGACCUGGAGGACAACGAUUAUUUAGGCGAUGAUAUGGGCGACGAGGAAGAGGAUGAGGAUGAGGAUGAUGAUGCAUCCAGGGAGGAGGAGUACGACGAUGAAGAUGACGAUGCCUGGGAGGAUGAUGACAGAGAGUACUGGGACCAGGAUAUCUGGGAUGCUAUGGAGAAUGAUUUGUUUUUUGAUAAUUACGAUGAGGAUGAGGAAGUGAUGGAUGAAGAGCCAGAAGAAGAGGCGGAAUAUACAGUGCCGGCAACUCCACCUACUCCGCAACGGCAGUCUUUCACUUGCCCUCAGUGCCGCAAAACUUUUCCUCACCGCAAUUUCCGACCCAAUCUUCAGCUGGCCAAUAUGGUGCAGAUCAUCCGACAGAUGCAUCCACAACCGCUGAAGCCUGCCAUUACGUCAGCUGAUGUGGUGGAGAUGGCAGCAGCAGGGGAUUCCUCCCAGGCGCCAUCUACUUUAGCUGCAAGCCAUGCUCCAAGAGCCCUAUGUGAGAAACAUCAGGAGCCACUUAAGCUCUUUUGUGAGGCAGAUGAAGAGCCCAUCUGUGUAGUGUGCAGAGAGUCACGAAGCCAUAAACACCAUAGUGUUAUGCCACUAGAGGAAGUUGUGCAAGAAUAUAAGGCUAAACUCCAGGGCCACUUGGAUCCAUUGAAAAAGAAACUGGAGUCAGUUCUGAAGCAGAAAUCAAGUGAAGAGGAGAAGAUAACAGAUAUCAAGAACAAGAUGAAACUUGAUAUGAAAGAGUUUGAGUCAGACUUUGAGCGGCUGCAUCAGUUCCUGGUUGGAGAGCAAGCUAUGCUGCUUCACCAAUUGGAAGAUCGCUAUGAGAUACUACUGGCCAGCCAGAGUAGCAACAUCUGUCACCUGGAGGAGCAAGGUGCUGCCCUAAGCCGUCUUAUUGCAGAAGCAGAAGACAAGAGCAAGCAAGAUGGUCUGCAGCUGCUCAAGGAUUUCAAAGGCACUUUAGUCAGGUGUGAGAACAUCACAUUCCAAGAUCCAGAAAUGGUGCCAGUGGACACAGGAAAGAAAUACCGGAACUACUUCCUUAUAGAUGUUUUAAUGAGGAAGAUGGAGAAGGUCUUUAGCAAAGCACCUCAAGCGGAUUUGACUCUGGACCCUGAAACAGCUCAUCCACGGCUCACACUUUCCUCAGACUGUCACAGCGUCCGACUUGGGGAACGUUGGCGGGAUCUUCCGGAUAACCCAAAACGCUUCGAUUCCGACUACUGUGUGUUGGCCUUGCAGGGUUUUUCGUACGGUCGCCACUACUGGGAAGUGGAGGUGGGGGGCCGGCGAGGGUGGGCUGUAGGGGCAGCCCGCGAAUCGGCCCGACGAAAAGAGAAGUCCAGCAGUGGUUCCCACCAGAAACGGGAGAUCUGGUGUGUAGGAACCAAUGGUAAGAAGUACCAGGCUUUGACUACCACGGAGCAGACAUCCCUCUGUCCAGCUGAGAAAUUACGGCGCUUUUGUGUCUACCUGGACUACGAACGAGGCCAGCUAGGAUUCUACAAUGCUGAAAACAUGGCUCAUAUUCACACCUUUAAUGCUUCAUUUCGCGAGCGCAUCUUCCCCUUUUUCCGCAUUCUGUCUAAGGGGACCCGCAUAAAAAUCUGCAAUUGAUGCCAUUGCAGCUGUUGCGCAUAGCUGAAUUUAUCCCUUGAGGCUUCUGCUUCAUCCCAUCCCCACACCUAAUUAUGCUUGAUAAGAGUUUCUCAUCCUCCUUGGACUUUGGUGGAUUCCUUAUCUAGCUCUUAUUUUGGAUUCCUUUUGACAGGGAUUCUUCCCUUCGGUGAAUUCAGUUUUGCACAGUUCUACUUCUCUGGUGCUUGACCAGGUCAUGGAUCUGACUUUAUCUUAAAUGGGUUCAGAUCCAUUUUAGCAAAAAAAAAAAAAAAAGUGCUUUCUCUUGCUCUUUCCUUAUACCUUUGGGGUAUGCUCACAUGCCAGCUGAUUAUACUGUUCUCAGAUAGCUGAGCCCCUGACCUUCAGAAGAGAAAUUAGACCUUAUUGAGCAUGCAAUUAUAAUGGUUGGUGGGACCUCCCAUGGCUUUUUGACUUGGGUUGAGCAAUCCAAGACUUGUUUUUGACUUUCCUAAGGAUAUCUAAAACUUUCUAGUCAGGCUUUGACAACUUAAAAUAUAGACCUAUGUGUGGUAACUUUUCUCUGUUUUGAAUUCCCCUGAUCAGACAAGUUGACUGUUCCAAUAUGUUCUUGGGGUUGAAUCAAAGUCCAUGCUUUAAGCUGGGAUGAAGAACAUGUGGCCCUCCAUAUGUUACUGAACGACAGUUUCUAAAAGCCCCAGCAAUCAUAGCCUAUGUUGAAGGAUACAGGAAUUGUGGUCCAGUAACAUCUGGAAAAUGAAUAGCCCCAGUGUUAAUGUCUGUGCUGCUUUUACCAGAGCCCGGAUUCCUGUAGCAUUCACAAUAGCUUUGUAUUUUAAAGUAACGAUAUGGAAAUAUUUUGACGGAUUCCUAAUGCUAUUAUUCCUCUUCAAUUGCUCCAAUGCCUGUAUUCUGAUUUCCUGUUUUUGCAAUUUACUAAUAACAUUUAAAAAGAAAACACAAAUGCAAGUUCUGUCCCAUGUUCCUCUUUACACUGGUUUCAUGUGAUGUUCCAUUUGAAAUGUCUCUUAAUCUUUGAUGCUCUUUUCUAUCUCUCCUGCCAUUUAUCUAUUCUAAAAUGUCAUAUGCUGGCCAUUUGGAGCAAUGACAGUACCAAGUGCUGUUGAGCUGUUGAAUGUCAGUCAUGAUUGUAGAUGUGUGUGCUAUCCCAUCAGAUGCUAAGAUCCCAUUAUUGCUGUCUUACUCACCCUCUCUUUCUCUGCCUUCCCACCAUCUGCUUUAAAUAACUUAGUUUAGUCAUUCACUAGUUUUAGCCUUCACGGUGGAGUCUUGAACUUCUGAAGGCUUUACCUAUUCCAAUCAUAUGUGGUUUUCUAAAAAUUCUUUUUGGCUUGACAGAGCUGCUUCUGAACUAUUUUUUGCUAAAAAUAUUAAAAGGAAAUCUAGUUUUUUGGGAAAAGGUUGAGAGAUAAAUAAAUGAUUACAUGUUAAAAA